AUGAGCGAUGCCAUAAGGGCGCGUCGCAUCGACGACGGGGAUAUGCAAGUUGCAUUUGCCCAAUCAAAUCUGGCAGGACGUGCCAAGACUUGGGCACUGGGGCUCAAGUUGCACGACCCAUACGCGUUUGGGUCGUUGGAAGUCUUCAAGUCGCGGCUCAGACAAACGUUUGAACCGCCUAGAGCUGAGUUCAGAGCUCGAACCGAACUCUUGAAGCUCAAGCAAGGUAAGCGUGAUGUGCACGCGUACGCGCAACAUAUACGACAUCUUACGAGUUGUAUAAGUUCCAAUCCGGUGGAUGAACACACGUUGGUUUCGGUGUUCAUGCAGGGUCUUGCGGAUGGUCCCGUCAAGACUCACCUGUUCCGGCUUGAACUAGAUUCACUAGAACAAGCCAUUUCCAUUGCGGAACAGGAAGACUUCAGUCUGAGACAGGCUUGCGCCAGCUCGACAUCAUAUCGUCAACCGAGACGAUAUGACAGCGGAGGUCCAGAGCCGAUGGAACUCUGUUAUGUAGAGAGCGAGAGGGCUCGCUCUACAGACUACAAGAAGUUUCAGAAAUGCAACAGAUGUCAGAAGACAGGACACUACGCUUACGAGUGUAGUGCCCCUCGUCCAGUGCCUCGCAACACUGGGCGAGAUGACCGUCCGCCCAUGAGAAAGGGGCAGGGACGCGUGUCCGCUGUUGGUGCAAAGAUGCAACAACGAAAUGGACCGUCAAAAAACGGACAGGAUCAGUAG